CCCUGAAUGUAAGCGGCCAUUUUGUUAGCUAACUUGAGAGGUAACCGGCGCGUGUAGUUGCUAAUUGAGUGCAUUGUGCUUCGCUGACUCCUACUUCCAAUUUCAACCUUUUGGAUAGGUUGAAAUUUGUGCUCUCUGUGUUUCCAUUUGGCCAUAAGACUUGGGUAAGAGGAUAGCGUGUAAAGCUAUUGACUACAAGGCCACUGUCAGAGUGGAUGCUCAUUCAUUUUUCAAGCUCUCGCAUUUGCUAGCUUGGUAGCUACCUGGCUAGCUAGCUAACUUGUUUGUGGGAGAGAAGUGACGCUUUUCAUGGCCGCCAGCAGUUAAAUGUUAGAUCACUCGGAGUGGUGUGACGUUUUACUGUUUUGUUGGUUUUGCUUUGCCUCAAGAGGAAGCAAAGUUAAACGACAAAGUCGAGCGCAACAUUUGCGUAUCUAGCAAUACUCCUUCAUAGCAAGUUAGCACUCGCAGUCUUCAAGCUGGCCGCCAGUCUUUCAGAGAACAUGUCCGAGUUGUACAUUCGGGUGGCCGAAGACGAGAACGAGGAGCCGAUGGAGAUCCCGUCGGAGGACGAUGGCACGGUUCUGCUGUCAUCGGUCGCCGCUCAGUUCCCCGGGGCGUGCGGACUUCGUUACAGGAACCCCGAGUCCCAGUGUAUGCGUGGAGUCCGGCUUGUGGAGGGCGUCCUGCAUGCACCGGAGAACGAGUGGGGAAACCUGGUGUACGUGGUCAACUACCCCAAAGAUAACAAAAGGAAGAUGGAAGAAAUAGAUGCUGCCUCCGCUGUUAAAAUCAAAAGGGGCUUUCAGAAGACAUCUGACCUUAUUGUCCUCGGCCUGCCAUGGAAAACCACAGAACAAGACCUGAAGGAUUACUUCAGCCCCUUUGGAGAGGUCAUCAUGGUUCAGAUCAAGAGAGAUGCAAAGGGCAACUCAAAAGGAUUUGGCUUCGUGCGCUUCACCGACUAUGAAACACAAGUGAAAGUGAUUUCCCAGAGACACAUGAUUGAUGGGCGAUGGUGUGAUUGCAAGCUGCCCAACUCAAAGGCCUUACCAGAUGAACCCAUGCGCAGUCGUAAAAUCUUUGUUGGCCGCUGCACGGAGGACAUGACCCCAGAUGAACUGAGACAGUACUUCAUGCAGUACGGUGAAGUCACAGACGUUUUCAUCCCCAAACCAUUCCGCGCGUUCGCGUUUGUGACAUUCGCUGACGACCAGGUGGCCCAGGCGCUGUGCGGGGAGGACUUGAUCAUCAAGGGCGUCAGCGUGCACAUCUCCAACGCUGAGCCCAAACACAAUAACAGUAGGCAAAUGAUGGAGCGAGGGCGCUUUGGGGCUGGGGGGUUCAGUCAGGUGUACGGGAGUAGUCGUGGCGGGAUAGGCGGUGGUAGUGGCGGAGUUAAUUUUGGGGCUCUGGGUCUUAACCCCGCCAUGGUGGCGGCCGCGCAGGCUGCGCUGCAGAGCAGCUGGGGCAUGAUGGGCAUGCUGGCUAACCAGCAGCAGGGCAUGACCACGGCGGCGGGCACGGCCUCCACCACCAGAGAUCAGACGUAUAGCUCCAGCAGCGCCAGUUACAGCAGCCCCAACUCUGCUAGUCUGGGCUGGGCCGGGGGAGCAAACUCUGCCUCCAACAGCGGCUUUAACUCCAGCUUUGGAGCGUCUAUGGAGACCAAGUCUUCAAAUUGGGGCAUGUAGAUAAGUAGACUACUUACGUUGUUUAGAGAAAUGGCUAAUCUGGUAAGUACAAGCGGGAAACUGGGUAUAAAAACACACUGCCUUUUUUUGUUAACCGUGUGUGACUGAUGUAGUCUUGAGUGGGUUUAGUUAGCAGACGCUUUUGACAAAGUGACGUGCAUGCAAGAUUAUUUAUAACCGCGCACCACAGUACUACUAGAAGUGGGCUUGAUAUUAUGUUCUGAAUGCAGUGCAUCUUUUUUUUGACAUCUGAUGGAAACACCUUGACGAACAUCUCUCCUGCAGUUCACCAACUCUUUCGCUCUCUCCCGGGAGGAAGCGCCUCACUGGCAGCAAUGUUCUACAGAUCUCAGUAUCACUUGCCCUCCUCCCACGUGUAAAUGCUUUGCCAUCAAAGAACACAAGCUUCACUCUGCAUUUACUGUGGUCGACGGUGGGUGUUGCCUUCUAUUCCUCUCCCUUUGUCAUGGACUUCUUGUCUGAGAUCGAUGAGUGGGAUUGAUGUGGGGCGAGCGAGUGCAACGUGAACGAAAGCACGAGUGAGACAAGACUGCUUGUUUUUGUUUUGGCUUUUUUCUUUUGGAAAGGACAAAUGCCUGCAAGAGUUGGAAGAACCUGUGGCUUUGUGCGAGUGAGUGUGUCCCUAAUGGUCAUCACAAGGACAUUAAUUCCGUGUCAACUCUUUCUCUCACCAUUUCCCAGCCAAAGUAGUGGUUUAGAAUGCCGCACAUGGUCACAUGCGAUGCGUAUUUGUAUCCUUUCAUAGUUUCCUCUUGAUGUCUAAUUCAAUGUGGACUGUGCGUCUGGUUGUGUGCUUUAUUUUCUGUGUUACCACCCUCCGUGUGUGAAGAUUAGACCUGUGCUGCUUGAGUGUUGUUCAAUUGGGGGCGUUUGAACGUGUGUUGGAGUUUGCGGCUGAUGUGGUAAAUGUUUGACAUGGUCCUAUUGAAAGUUUGAGUUUUGAAUGAGGAUUCUUUUCUAUGUUUUGUGGAUUGAAAAUAAAAUAAAAAGUGAAUUUGACUAGGUAA